GGAUACGCGACAAACGGGGGUGUUGCAGUGCCUUCUUACUUUAGUCACCUCCGGAUCUCAGGCGAGAUUAUUACGCGUAAUACGGGGUCGGUAUCCGUGAUCUGUUAGCUAUCUCCUGAACGCCUCAGUUUCCAUAUCCGUCGGUCUAUCCUCAGAGUAUUAGGCACCUGCAUAGAGAUAUACACCGCAAAGACUGGGUUGUUGUUAUAUAGGCAUUCCCCUUAGAUGUCGUUUAAUUGUGAUGUCUUGCUCCGAGUCGUGCCAUGAGCAGCAUACAGCGUUACGUGGUGACGGCGAACAAUAACAACAACGGCCACAAUUGUAGGAGGGCCUCGCCUGCGCUGCCUACGGCAGGGGGGAAACUGGCGUGUGACGCCAAUGAAGUGGUUGAGAACACGGAGGAACCACCGCCGUCCACUGAAACCUGCUGCUGCCUUACCGACACGAGGAGAAAGACCAUCCUGGGCGGGAUCGCCACCCUGGGGAUCGGCGGCUCCUGGGUGGCGUCAACCCAGUUGGCGCAGGCCACGUACCAGCCGUACUUCCACGCCCCCUACCUGGUGGUGUGGUUCUGCAGCGUGUGGUUGGCGGCCACCUUCCCGUUGUACUUCGCCUCCGUGCGCACGUGUUCGAGAGAGAACAAGCCACUGGCAACAACCGUCAAGGAGUGUGCUAAGGUGUUCGGGGAGCAGGGUCUGACCGUCCGCUCCUUCUUCGUGCGCGCCGCGCCGUUCUCCGUGCUGACCGUGGCGGCGCACUACAUGUUCGUGCUGGCCCUCAGCCUGGUGCCCGGCACCGACGUCUCAGCGCUCUAUGUCUCCAACGUCUCCUUCGUGUACCUACUGUCCUGGAUACUGCUCAGGGAAAAGUUCGCUUCUGCCGGGAUCAUGUCGGUGAUUUUGGGGAUAUCUGGGAUCGUGCUGAUGUCCUACUCCGACGGUUUUGGCGGCUCCUCUCUUUUAGGGGUGGCGCUGGGGGUGGGGGCGUCCGCUGGGCAUGCCUUGUACAAGGUGCUGUUUAAGUGGCUAUUGGGAGAGGCGGAUUCUGGGCAGGUGGCGCUGUUCAUGACGUUACUAGGACUAUGCACUCUGCUGUUUCUGUGGCCGGUCGGACUGGUUCUGUACUUCACGGGGGCAGAAAUAUGGGGCUUACACGCACUGCCUUGGCAAUACCUGUGCGCAACCGCCGGAUUCAACUUCGCCUUUAUACAGCUGAUCAACUUUGGAGCUGCCUUCACGUUCCCCAUCUUCAUCUCAGUCGGUAUCCUCGUGGCUGUCCCGGUGAACGCAGCCGUGGACGCCAUUGUGCACAACAAGACGGUGAGCGCCAUUAAGGUCAUGGCGAUCAUUAUCUUCAUCAUGGCCUUUCUACUGCUGCUGCUGCCAGACGGCUGGGAGGAACAGGUUAGGAAGGUGAUACCCUGCAAGAAGAAGGGACCCCCACAGGAGGAGCUCUUCACCUCUAGGAGUUUGCGGCUACCUUGA